UCUGCGGCUGCUGCUCCUCCUCCUCACAAACUCUCUCUCUCUCACACACACACACAGAGUCGUCGUCCAUCAUCCAUCGCAUAACGGCAUUGUCUCGAAGCUCGAACUAGUUCGACGAGUUCAAUUUGGACGACAGUGGGAGCCGAACCACAUAGGAACCACCAAAAUGUUGCCGCCGCCGCCUCCGCCGCGUAUACACAAGAUGCUCCGGUCGAAGCUUCCUCAGAGGAGGCGGUCUCAGUUCUCUCCUCUUCCUUGCUUCUCACGCAACUCCACCAUCUCCGCUUCCGUUGAUUCCAGCUACUUGGACGGCGAAGUCUCCGUCGGGAUGGUCGAUGCGAAGGAGAAGAAGAAGAGCGCGAGCACUCGGAAGAGGCGAUCGGAUGCUGUCGGAGGCGGCCAUCGCGAGUUUAGGAGAGUCACGAGGUCGUCGUCGCACAAGCGACAGGAGGAGGACGACCACAGAGUUGCUGAAGUUGCUGCGGAGGCCUCAGUAUCGGAGUCGUGCUCUGGUUCUUCUUUCGAGGUCGAUUCCAAGGCGGAGAACUCCGAGUUGAACGCGCGAUCGGAAAUCUCUUGCGUUCACCAGCAUUCGCCUGCGAAGUCCAGUGAGUUCUCCAGCGAAUUGUCGAGGAGCAGAAAUGCCGAAAAUGAGGUCAUCUCUCUUCCGUCUUUUGUUGACUUGUGCUCUAAGGCAACUAGCGGUUUCCGAUGUACCGAAUUGGAGGACGAGACGCUUGAAGUCGAAUGCCGUGAGAACACAGCACCGUCGGAGAUCAUCUCUGAAACAUCGAAAGAUCAUGUCACCGGUUGUUUACUCGCUUCAAAGUCGGAAUCGACAGUCGAUCAAAAUCCAAGCUACAUCAACUACGACACUGACCUCGCCUGCACAGAGCAAAUGGCGUACGACGACAUCUCGGACUACUCUUCUGAUCUCGAUUCAUUCUCCGAGCUAUUCGAGGAGAACUCGGACGAAUACUCCUCCGAGUACAUUCUGUCGGUUUCCUCUGAAUCUGGAUUUGAGUUCUCCGAGAAAUCAGAUGAAGAUUCGAAUCCUUCCCCAACCUUCUCUCUGCUCCUCCAGUACAGGGAGCAAUUUUCCAGAUCAAUUACCCGUUCAGACGACCACAAAACUAGUCUCGUUUCUGAAGUAAAUCUUGGGUAUGGCGACGAGGAGGAUGCGGAGAGCUAUCGGUUGUUGAGAAACAGAGAGAGGAAAGAAGUCUUCUUGCGAAACUACGUCGAGGAGUACGGUGAGCCCGUGAAUAAGGACAGGACACGAAUGGUUCACUGGAUUAUUGAGCAAUCUACUGUAAGAGAGCUCCACAAUGAGACUUUGUUUCUAGGGGUGAGCCUCUUUGACAGAUUCCUUACUAAAGGAUACUUCAAACAGCGACGGAACUUUCAAAUUGCUGGAAUAGCCUGUCUCACCCUAGCCACCAGGAUCGAGGAGAAUCAACCUUACAACAGCGUAAGACAAAAGAACUUCCGUGUGGGGAGUGACACCUACAGCAGAUGCGAAGUGGUGGCGAUGGAGUGGUUGGUACAAGAGGUUCUCGACUUUCAAUGUGCAUUGCCUACCAUACACAACUUCUUAUGGUUCUACUCAAGAGCUGCAAGAGCUGAUGCUAGAGUGAAUAAGAGGGCCAUAAACCUCGCAGCUUUAGCUCUGCUAGACCAUGAGCAGCUGUCCUACUGGCCUUCCACAGUUGCAGCUGCGCUUGUCAUCUUGGCUUCGGUGGAAGAUGCAUCCUGCAAGCGAGUCAUGCAGAUUCAUCACAGAACAGAAGAUGAUGAUAUAGUGAGAUGCAUAGAGAGCUUGCAGUGGGUAGCAAGUUACAUUGCGGAAAUAGCAGAUUGAUGACGCGGUAAAUCAGCCUUAUGUUCAAUUAAACUCUCUGCUUUCCAUUAUUAUCGACACGAAUUGAUUGAUUAAAAAACAUUCUUUCCGUGUACUACAGAAGUUCAUUGAGUCCAAAGCCCGAGUGGCAAUACAUUAGAUGAA